AAUUAAUAUUCUGGAAUAACAAUACCUAUUUUAUUAAUUAAUUAUUACUAAUUAUAUAAUUUAUUUAACUAUAUUGUCAUAUAAAUUUCAACCAAAUAUCGCCUACUCUAUUGUUAUAAAUUCUAAAUUUAAAAUAUAUUAGAACCUUAUAGAAUUUAUUUAUAUUUUUUUUCAAUUUAAAAAUGUGUAAAUUUGAAAAUAUCAAUAAUUUAGUAAAAACAGUAUAUGUGUCUUCUGCUGUAAACAGAACACCACAUUGUUUGGAUUGGAGUUCGAAUGGAUUAGUUAUUUAUGGUUCAUGUAAUGCUAUUCAUUUAUAUGACCCUCAAAUAACAGUAAGUUUAUUAAAAUAAUGAUUAAUUAAUAAAUUAAUUAAUAAUGAUACUUUUUUAAUAAUUAUUUAUUGUAUUUAAUACAUAUAACCUUUAUCUGUAUUGACUCUACAUACCUACCUAUAGUUAGUUCUAUAUCGUAAACAUUAAUUUUAUUUUCUUGAUGUUUUGUCAAAUUUUAAUAUUUGUUGAAUUUCAGAAUGAAUGUGAUGGACAAGUUAUUUCUUCAUUUGUUGCUCAUACAAUGCGAGUAAAUUGUGUUAAGUGGGUACAAAAUACUAAUAACAGUUGUCAAAAACAAGAUUUUGUUUCUUGUUCUACUGAUAAUACCGCUAUAUUGUGGGAAGAUAUUCUUCCAACAGGGAAUUAUAGGACUUAUGAAAAAUUAAUUGGUAAUUUUUAUUUUUUAUUAAAAUGUAUUAUAAAUUAUAAUAGUAUUAAUAUCAAUAUUCUACAAUAUUUUGGCAAUUAAUUUAUUAGAUAUUUAAAUUUGGUAGUGGUACAACAAAACAAUAACUUAUUUAUUUAAUUCUCUUAUUGUUUAUGAGCAUAACUCCAUGUACCAAAAUGUACCUGUAUAUGUUUUAUAACAUCCCAGCAAUAUUUUUACUUCUAUAAAAAUUGUUUGUUUUCUGUUAUCUAUUUAAAUAUUAUUAGGUAGUACCUAUAGAUUUUUAAAACUAUUUUGACAAAUAUAAUACCAUUAAAUUUUCUUGCUAUAAUCAAGUAAAAUAGAAGUUCUAAUUAUCCAGUCUCAAUUAUUGAACUACCUAAUUAAAUACUAUACAAUUAGUAUAAAUUAAAUUUUAAUACUUUUUAUACCUAAUUUCUUAAUGAAUAAUUUUUAUUUUUUUAAAUUUAAUUUAAUUUUGCUUUGAUUUUAUGAAAAAAAUUUGUUAGGUCAUUCUGAUGUUGUUACAAUUACUGAUGCCUUAAGACUUACAAAUGAGGCUCUUUAUAUUGUUACUGCUGCUGGUGAUUGUACUGUUAAAGUUUGGAUAAGACAUAAAAACAAAGGUGAGUGGUUUGUUUAAUACUAAAUCAAAGAUUAUAUAACAUUGUUUAUUGUAUACUGUUACAUUAUCAUUUAUUUAAAUAUAGUCAUUAAGUGCAAAAUAGGUAUUAAGUUAAUAUUUGAUUAUAAUUAUAAUUAGUAAGAGCAAAUUUUAAAAUUAACAUAUUUGUUAAAGACGGAGUAUGGAUACUAAGUUUCCCCUUAGCAUAUAUUGUACGUAUUAUAAUUUUCAUAACUUACAUUAAAAACACAUUUUUUUAGCUAUUUUCAACUCAUCAAAAGUAUUAUAAUUUUGUUUAAAAAUAACUAAAUUUAUAUGUCUACUUUAUAUUUCAAAAAUCACUAAUGAAAUUUUCUUCAAAUUAUUGUUAUCUACAUCUGUAGAUGGGUAUUUUUUCUCAAAAAAUUGAUUUUAAUUUAAGGUUUGUUUUACCUGAACAUGUUUUUGCUAUAUGACCCACUUGCUACGUUUGGAAUAUCGUUUGUAAAUAAAUCAUCCUAAUUUUAGAAUUUACACUUACAUUUUAUUAAUUAUUGGUAAAUUAUUUUAUUUUCAGAUAAUACACAAUGUUUUCAAACCAUUAAUUGUGAUAAUAUAUUAUGUUUGUCUCUUAAAAUAAGUAUAUUGCCCUAUUCUAAUAGUCUUCUAUUAGCCUGUGGUUUAUCAAACAACAAAAUACAGUUAUAUAUAAAUGAUUUUAGCAAUAUUAAUUCAGAAUUUGUUAUCAGCCAUUCAUUAAUAGGACAUGAAGAUUGGGUUCGUUCAUUGGAUUUUGUAUUUGAAGGUAGAUAUUAUUUAUAGUUAGUUUAUAGUUAUAACUCUAUUAUAAUGAUUUUAUUUAUUAUUAAGUACUAUAUUUUAAUAUUGUGAAUUAUUAUAAAUAGAUAUUUUUAUAUUAAUUAGUUCAUUAAAUCAAUGGCGUGUUUGACAAGAGAGUAGUCAUACCGAGGCCAGUCAAUUUUAACAGUAUAAGCAGCGAAUCUUAAACAUUUGCACUGAUAUACAAUUUAAAUUAAAUUUAAAAAGAAAUACAAAACAACCUUAAACACUAAUUUUGUUUAAUUAACUUCAAACUCGUAUCUUUGAAAUUUACUAUUGGUCUUGCCAGUCAAGCCUGGUAAAAUGUGAAUGAAAAAUACCUGAAAAAUGCUUUUCCUUUGUAAUUUGGCUUAUCCUAUAUAUUAGUUUGUUAUUAUUUUGCGGGAUUUUGUCCAGACACCAUUUAAAAUACAUUAAUUUGUAAAUAAAUUAAAAUUAAGGUUUUCUAUAAAUAAUAUAUCUAGUCCAUUACAUACACUAUAUACUAGGACAUACCUAUAUAUAUAUAUAUAUAUAUAUAAAUAUAGUGUGUAAUCGUUAGUUAGAAACACUCUAUAACUCUACAUCUAAUAAAUAUAAAUUAUGUUUUUUGGGGUGCCCAAAAAACCUAUUUUUAAUGGAAAUUAAUUUCGCAAAUGCGUCUAACAACUUUUAGAUUUUGAGUGGAGCGAAGUAGCUUAUGGUUUUACAAAGGUAUUUAUUUCUUUUUUUUUCUUUUUUGGACAAUUUUUCUAUCAGGUAUUUCCAGAAAUAUUUUAAAGCUUUACAGCACGAUACAUCUAUAUGGGAACAAAAAUUUAGGUCACUGUUAUAAAUAACUCCCAAGAUCUUUUACCACAUUACCUUCAAUUUUAAGAUAGGAGCUGUGUAGCAUAUAUUUAAAUUCCAAGUGAGUACAACUUCUAUAAAAAGACUUAGAACAACAUUUGGAGAAAUAUAUGUCCAAACAAGUAUUAACAUCUAAUGCGUUUAAUUCACUUUGAAGUAGGUGAUAGUCAAGUACAGAGCAAAUUUCUAAAAAUAGCUUCAAGUCAUCUGCAAAUAGGAGUGUACUGUGACAAAUAAUUUUGUUUACAUUAUUAAUAAAUAGUAUGAAAAGUAAUAGGGAAAGGUGGCCACCUUGAGAUACUCCAGGUGGCAUGCUUAACACCUAAAAUUUGACAAUAAGACCUAAAGAUAAUUCAUAUUAUGUACAAUUGUGUAAUUCUGUACAAAAGUCAGACAGCCAGUAUUGAAAAAGAAAAAAUAACUGUGAGCACACAGAUAAAAAAAGGAGUCCAACAAGGAUGUACAUUAUCACCUCCACUUUUCAUUUUCUACAUCGAAAAAACUUUAAAUGAAGUAAAAGCAAAAUUAACAAGACUUAAUAUUGGAAUCAAAAUUGGAGAGCAAAAUAUCUCAAUGAUAAAAUUUGCAGAUAAUAUUGUGAUGAUAACACAAAGUGAAGGUGACAUAUUGGAUGGAGAGAAAAACAAAUGAAGAAGUACUAAGAACUAUAAAGGAAAAAUGGACAUUCAUAGAUACGAUUAGAACACAACAAUGGAAAUGAUUGGACAUGUCUUGAGACACCCUGAAGAACUGCAUAAUAUAAUCAUAUAGGGUAUGAUAGAGGGAAAAAAAACAAUAGGACGUCCUCGAAAUUCUUAUAUAGGACUAAUAAAAAGUGAUGCAAGGGUAAAAACGUUUAGAGAAAUAAGAAAAGAGCAAGCAAUCAAUUAGAAUAAAGAAUGGGAGUUGUAGACCAACCUCAGGAUUGGUUAAAAAAAAAUUAAGAUAUUUAUAAUUCAUACGAUUGUAUGUUAAAUGCUUUAGUGUUUUUCAAAAAAUACAAAUUAUGUAUUCUUAUUUUUUUGAAACGUACAGUUGCAUUCUUUGUUUUUCAAAUAGUAAUCUCUGUAAUUCCGGUUACAAUAUAUUUAUGUGAAUAUUUUUCUAAUAUUAUUUUUAAUAUUUACAAUAUUUAUUAAUACUUCAAUAUUCAAUGUGGUGCUUUAUUAACUAAGAUAAUUGUUUGUAUGAGUUAUAUAUUAGUUAGUUAAUAUAGUUAUAAUAAAAAAUAUACCUGUAUUAUGUUUUUAUAUUUUAGAAAAUUCAGGAACUUUGUUCCUUGCUAGUGGUUCUCAAGAUUCUGUUAUAAGAUUGUGGAAAUUUACUAUUGAAGAUAAUUAUAACAAUUCUGAAAUAAAAAAAGAAUUUAAUAAUGUAUUAAAAUUAGAAAGUAAAAACUUGAAUAUAAUUAAGCAAGAUGGUUCUGCCUGUAGUUAUGUGAUUCAAUUAGAAACUGUUAUAUCUGGACAUGAUGGAUGGAUUUAUGGAGUACACUGGAAACCAAAUUUUUGCUCAGGUAUACAAUUUUUUUUUUUUACUUAAUAGGCCUUUAAAAUCUUUUACAUGCAUGCUUCCCCAUCUAUAUUGAUUCCUUUGCAUAUCUUUUGUUACACUGCCAUCCAUAUCUUUUAUUCUUUAAUGAUUAUUUAUCCAUUUGUGAUGUCGCCUCCUCUUUAGACUUUUGGGUUCUCUUUAGUUAGGUUAUUAGAUAGUACAUUUGAAAUAAAACUUCCGUUGACUCUCCAAUUGUGAUUUGCCUACUCCAAUAAUUGCUUCACUUUAAGGUAUUUUGAAAAGUUUUGUCUUUUGUACAAUUGUUCUAAAUCCACGUUUUUCCUUCUUUAAUUUGGACUUUCCCUAAAACUGGUGGGACAGCUUUCCUCAGUAACAAACUUUACAGUAGGUAUUUGAGUUACAAAUUUCAAUUAUUUUAACUAACUCUUCAGGUAUUUCAAAGUUUCUCAUAUCUGUUCUCUCUAUCAUAAGCCUGCUUGAAAUCUGCAAAGACUAUAUUAUAUAGGUUUUGAUCAUGUUGAUAAUGUUUCUCCAUAAUUUUAUGUGUGUUGAAAAUAUGAUCUGUUGUUGGUUUUCCAUUUAUUGAUCUCUCUAUUAUCAAUAAGGUACCUACUUCUAAUCUCCUCAAAAGUCCUAGAGACAAUAUAUUGUGUCAUUUUUCUAGCGCUGUGGUACCUUGAUAGUUUUUAACCUUUGCUACAUUAACUCUCUUAAAUAUUUGACUAAUAAUUAAUAUAUUCUUUAGGGAUUUGAUUAUUAUUUCAUACACUUUUGAAGUAUAAUGUAAAAUGCAAGGUGAUUCUUUUAUUGUGAAUCAGCAAUAAAAAUAGUCUAUUCAAAUAUGUGUUUAAAAGGGUAGGUUUCUAUUUGAAAAUCAAAAGUAUGCACUUAUUUAAGGUAUAUGGAGUAGGUGUAAAAAAUUAAAAGUGAUUUUAAUAUAAAGAUUAAAUGAUUCCAUAAUGAUUAGAAAAAACAGAAAUCAAAUUCACUUGAAAUCAUCUGACAUAAUUGCUGGUUUAUAAUAAAAAAAAAUGUACUUUUCAAGAAAUUUAUUUUGAUUAUAUUUCAGGAAACCAAUUGGAGUUACUUUCAGUGUCUAUGGAUAAAACAUUGGCAGUUUGGACUUAUGAUGAAAAUAGUGGUCUUUGGGUGGAUUUUAUUAGAUUAGGGGAAGUUGGUGGUAACACAUUGGGGUUUUAUGGGGGUAAAUUUUCACCUGAUGGUAAUUGUAUUUUGGCUCAAGGAUAUAAUGGGUCAUUUCAUUUAUGGAAAAAAGUAAGAUGAAAAUAAAGAAAAUAUUCAGUAAAAUAUCUUCUGGUUAUUUGAUUGUAAAUUGUAGCAUAGUGAUGGUAUUUGGGCUCCUGGAGUUACAAUUGGUGGUCAUUUUGGAUCUGUUGAGGAUAUUGCUUGGGAUCCAGAAGGUAAAUAUAUUGUGUCUGUUAGUUCAGAUCAAACAACCAGAAUCCAUGCACAAUGGUUAAAAUCAAAUGAACUAGAUAAACAAGUUUUACCUUCUGUAAGUAUUAAUUUUAUCAAUUAGUCUGGGAAAUGUUUAGAUUUAUAAAUCCUUUUUUUCAGAAUUGGCAUGAAAUGGCAAGACCACAAGUUCACGGAUAUAAUAUGUCCAGUGUUGCUAUGUUAUCUAGUUUAAGUUUUGUAUCCUCAGCUGAAGAAAAAGUUAUACGGACAUUUCAAGCACCUUCCAAUUUUUUAGAAAAUAUGAUUCAGCUGUCAAAAAUUAAUUUCCCUUCUGUUGGUAAAUAAUAAAAAGAAAGUUCUCGAUAAAAUAUAUUUAUUUAAAAAAAAGUUAUUUCUAAAUGUUUGUAUGCAUUUUUAACUAUUUUAUGCUAAUAAAGUUAUUAAUUUUUUUUUUAGAUAUUAUGAAAUAUCCGCUUGGCGCAUCUGUUCCAUCACUUGGCUUAUCAAAUAAAGCAGUAUCUGAAGAAGACUGUAAAAGUAUUGCUCAUCAACCAAAAAAGAAAGAUUAUCCUGAACAUUAUUUUGUUCCGUUGACUUUAAAGCGUUAGUUUCAAAUAAAAUUACUAAAUAUUAUUAUUAUUAUAAUGUUAAAUUAUUAAGUAUUAGAGGAAUUAUUUCUAAAAACAUACAAAAAAGAAAAUCAAAUAAUUUUACCAAUUUUUUUAGUUUUACUUAUAUUUGUUUUUAUUUUACUGUAGACAGUACUCAAACUUUUUAGAAAUUGUAGCUUAUCUUUAUUAUUUGAACACAUGAGAAGAUACAUUGUUUUGCACUUUAAUCAAAAUGCAUAUUAACAUAAAAAUUUGAAAUUUAAAUGCUUUUAAAAACAUUUAACUGUUUUAAUCACUAAUUACAACUUAUGAUAAGCCCUGUGUUAAAAUUUCAAACAUUUUCACUGUAUCAAAAAAAUGUAUCUAUAUAAUCUAUCACAUAACUCAAAAAUUGACAAAUUAUUUUGAAAAUUUAACAUUUCUCUUAGAAAGAGUAAUAUAAGUAUUUGGUGAAAGUUCAGGUUUCUGCAGUUAUUUUACAUUAAAUAUCAACAAAACAUAAAAUCUAAUAGCAUAAAUAUUCCAGUUUUUUUCCCAAAAUGUAUUAUGUGUUUUUCUUUAUUCCCAUUGCUAGGAAAACUACAAAGAAAAUCAAAAAAAUAUAUGUGCUAGAAACGUUCACAGAAAAAUGAAUAAUUAGUCUAAGGGAAGUAUGGCACGAAGAACAUUAGACCAAACUUAAGAUCUUUAAAUUCAACAAAUUUUUUUUUAGUCUUUUUUUUUUUUUUUUUUUUUUUUUUUUUUUUUUUUUUUUUUUUUUUUUUUUUAAGGCCUUUGAGACCAUCUUGCCAUAGAACAAAUCCUUCCCCAUUCUUCUCUAUUCUCUGCUACCUCCUUCCAAUCCAUGUGAUUAUAUUCCACUCCACCAGCACUUAGGAAAUCUUUUUUAAUUCCAUCUUCCCAGCGUAGCCUUGGUCUACCCAGUGGUCUUUUUUUUCCUUGGGUUUUCUUGGAGUACCCUUUGAACCAUUGAAUCUUGCUUCCUAACUGCGUGGCCUGCCCAUUCCAGCUUACUCCGCUUGAUCUCGUUUAUAAUAUUUGGUCUAUUGAAAAGCUCCGUCAGUUCUUGAUUAUGCCUUUUUCUCCAUCCUUGAAAAUCUUGGUCAUAUAUAGGUCCAUAUAUUUUACGAAGUAUCUUCCUUCAAAAACCGCUAAUCUGUCCUCCUCAGUCUUUUGUAACGUCCAGCAUUGUGAACCAUACAUGACUAUUGGUCGUAUGAUUGUCAAGUACAGCUGAGUCUUAACCUCUUUUGACAGGACUUUCGAGCUUAGUAGUUUACCAAGUGCAUAGAAGCAUUUAUUUCCCAUUUUUAUUCUUUGUUGAAUUUCGAUUUGACAUUCAUUUUUCUGUGUUAGAAUCGUGCCCAGGUAUUUGAACUCUUCCACUUUUUUGAACUUGUACUGACCAACUGUUAUGGUCUAGAUUACCUGAAGGUUAUCUAGUUCCUUACUAACUUUCAUGUACUAUGUUUUCUCUAUGUUGAAAUGUAGCCCUACCUUCUUUGCCGAUUCUAUUAACCUGCCGCAUAAUUCUACCACUUUUUGUUCCUCUUCCCCUAGCAAGACUAUAUCGUCCGCGUAGGCGAGCAGACUAAAGCAAGUUCUAUCCAUUCUUACUCCUUCAUCUCUUCCAAUAUUGAUUUCUCGGAUCACCUUCUCUAAUACUAAAUUAAAAAGUACUGGCGACAAGGCAUCCCCCUGUCUAAGUCCGGUUCUUACCUCCACCAUCCUCGAUGUUGCGUUUCCUACUUUGACUUUGACUUUAGUCUGUCUUAAACUAGCUUCAACUAAAUGAACUAUUUUCCUUGGGAAGUGGAAAUGCUUCAAAAUUUCGGUUAUGUUAGUUCUAUCUAUACUGUCAUAUGCCUUUUGAAAAUCAACGAAGAUAGCAUGGAGUUCCUUAUUAUAUUCCCAGCUCUUCUGGAAUAACUGCCUGACUAUAAAUAUCUGGUCUGUCGUUGACCUAUUUUGCCUGAAUCCACAUUGAUAGUCCCCCACCACUUGUUCGGCCAGAGGUUUAAUUCUAUCCAGGAUGCAAUAUGAUAAUACCUUAUAUGUUGUAUCUAGCAACGCUAUUCCUCUAUAGUUACUACAGACUUGUUUGUCACCUUUUUUGUGUAUUGGGCAUAUAUAUGCAAUUCUCCAAUCUGUCGGUAAAAUUUCCGUCUCCCACACUUCUUUUAUUAACAAGUAUAUAUUCUCUAUCAUGAAGCUGUCCACAUGCUUUAGAAUUUCCCCUUGAAGGUCAUCUUCCCCGGGUGACUUGUGGUUUUUGAGUCUUUUGAUCUGUUGUUCGAUUUCUUCCUUUGACGGGGGUGGGCAGGGGUCAUCAUUGGGUUCGUUUUGUCCAUAUAUAAAUGUAUCAACUGGUACUUCACAAUUGAGUAGCUUUUCAAAGUAUUCUGCCCAUUUCUCCAUUAUUUCUUCCUGGUUCGUCACUAGGCUUCCACAGUCCUUUUUCAGAAAUUUUUCUUGUUUUCUACAUCCGCCUUUAAAGCUAUUUACCUUGUGAUAUAGCUGCCGUGUAUUGUGUGAUCUGUAAUCUUGUUCUGCCUCCCUUAUUACAUUUUGAACAUACUUUCUCUUUUCACAUCUAAAAAUGUUAUGGGCUUCUUUCCUUUUAGCUCUAAAGAUUCUUUCUAUUUCCUGGUUGCUAGCAUCAUUUAGCCAUCUUUCUCUUGCUAUUUUCCUUCUUUUCAGGGCUUCUUGGCAUAUCACAUUAAACCAUGGUUUCUUCGUUCUAUGAGCUUUCCCUAAAACUUUCUCCGACACAUUUCCAAGGGUAUGUUUAAUUAUUUUCCAUUGCUCAUCUACUGUUUCAUGAUUUGAGUUAAAUUCUCGCGCCAUUUUCUGUAAGUUCUCUUGAAACUCUUUAGCUUUCCUACUAUCCCUGAGUUUCUCAACAUCAUACCUGACAAUUUCCGGUCUCACAUUCCUACUCAUUGUUUUUAGCUUAACCCUAAGUUUGCUAGCUACUAGGAAAUGGUCAGAGUCGCAGUCAGCUCCUCUGUAUGUUCUCACAUCCAUUAUGUUAUUGGCAAAUCUCUCAUUUAUUAAUAUAUGGUCUAUUUGGUUUACGUGCCUACCAUCAGGCGACACCCACGUCCCUUUAUGUAUGUUCUUAUGCGGGAACAUUGUACUCUUGACUUUAAGACCUUUCCCUACAGCCAGAUCCACAAUUUUUGUGCCAUUGUCAUUAGUCAUGUCGUGUAGACUGUGGGUACCAAUAGUUGGUCUAUAUGACCUCUCUUUCCCUAUUUUGGCGUUCAUGUCUCCAAGUACAAUUUUUAUUUUACUAUUACUAAUCCCUUCUAGUAGUUGCUCUAUUUCAGUAUAGAAAUCUUCUUUUUCUUGUUGUGAUUUGUCCUCCGUGGGUGCGUGUACGUUAAUAAAUACGAUAUCGAAAAAUUUAGUCUCUAUUUUCAACANCCUGCAGAGCUACUACACUUAUUUCCUGCAGAGCUACUACACCUAAAUUAUAUUUUUCUACUUCCUUAAUCAUACUUUGUGCCCCACCGGGUUUGUGAAGAGUUCGUACGUUCCAAGUUCCAAAAAUAAGUUCCGUGUUUCCGUUUCCAUGUCUUUUUCCAUUAAAUCUAGUCCGAGGCUUGUUCUUAGGAUCCUGAACAAAGCAUUUUUACGAGGCAGGGUUGUUAGCCCUGCGCUCAACCCCCAACCUGGAGGACCAGACUAACCCGACCAUUUAAGGUCAGGGUAUGGCUACUGGAGUGUACUGGAGGUACACUGGGCGAUGCGAGCGCCACUUUCCCUACGCCGUCAAGGCGUAUAGUCGUUUUUAGUCUUAUAGUCCCUUUUAUUUAAUUUUUCAAUUUGAGUACUGACAAUAGUUAUAAUUGUAUUUUUAGCUUUUAUAAUAUUUAUUUCAUACUAGUGUUGGGAGUUUCAACUUUCAAAAUUCAAAUAGGAAUUUAUAAUGUCUUACAUGUCUCACAUAUAUCAUAUAAUUACAAAUUAUAUUUGAAUAUUUUUGAUAGUUGAAAAACUAUUUUUGAUUGCAAAACUACAGAACUUUUUUUUUUAUAUAUAUAUAUUAUUUCAUAUAAUAUAUUUUUUGGCUGAUUAAAACAAAUAAAUAAAAGUAAAUUAAGUAAUUAAAAAAUAUUGUAAUAAUUAUAAAAUAAAAUAGUUUAUAUUAUUUUACAUCUAUUCGGAGAAAAUUAUCUUAACAUUUAAUUUGGGACAGUUUCUAUUUAUAAAUUUGAUUUUUUUUAAAAAAAAUUUUUAUUUCCUUAUGUAUUAUUUAUAUUUAGAUAAGUAGUGUACUUAACUACACAAUUAUUUUAUUAAUUUAAUAUGGUGAAUUCUAUGAAUUGUAAAAUAAAUAAUCAUAAUAACUAGGCUACAUUAUUUAUAUUAAUGUGUUCAUUUUUAGAACCCCCUACUGAAGAAGAUUUAGUUCAAAAUACAUUAUGGCCCGAAACACAAAAACUUUAUGGUCAUGUUUAUGAAGUUUACUGUUUAGCAUCUUCUCCUAAUCAUAAAUGGUUAGCCUCAGCAGCAAAAGCAACAUCCUUAGAGCUUGCAUCUAUUAUAAUAUGGUAACUAAAAAUUAAUUUUUUUUAUAUCAAUUAAUAGUUAUUCAAACAUUUCAUUUAUCUUCCUUACAGUACAAGGAAAAUAAUUAUAAUAUAACUUUCAUAGUAUUGAUUUUUAUUGUAAUUAUUGGUUGUAUGGUUGUAAAUGUUUAAUUUGGUGUUAUAGGGACUUAAACAAUUUUCAACUCGUACAAAAGUUAACAUCGCAUAAUUUAACUGUUACUCAACUGGCUUUUUCACCUGAUAGUACAAAACUUCUCUCGGUUUCACGUGACCGUACUUGGUCAUUAUUUUCAUAUAAUGAAAACAAAAACUCUUUUAUUAUCAUAAGCAAAUCAAAUAAACGUACUAGCAUUCAUACAAGAAUAAUAUGGUGUUGUGCUUGGACUCAUGAUUCUUUAUAUUUUGCUACUGGAUCCAGAGAUGGAAAGUUAGUAACUUGGGGUCAACAUAAUCAAAGUGAUAACACUGAAAUAACAUACUGUGCCAAAACUGAUCCUUUAGUAGUUCCAGAAAAGAGUUUUUCAGCUGUAGCUUUUGCUUCAACUACAAUUGAAAACUAUAGUUCAAUCUAUUUGUUGGCUGUUGGUACCGAUUGUGGAAAUAUUGGUUUAUAUAAAUGGAAUUGUGAGGAAAAUCAUGUAACUCCUUGGCUUAAAAUUGUUGAUUUAUGUAAUGAGUAUCCUUUUAUUAAAUUUUAAUACCAAUAAUUCGUAAUAUAAAAUUAUAGAUUUAUUGAAAAAAAAACUUAUAAUUAAAUGUUAGUUUACUCUUUAUAUUUAUAUUUUUCCUUAGUUUACUAUAUUUUCAGAUUUGGACAUCAUUUAACAGUAAAGAAAAUUCAAUUUCAACCACUAUUAUGUAAAACUGAUAUAAGAUACCGAGAAGGUAUUUUACAGAUGGCAUCUUGUGGUGCAGAUAUGACAUUGAAAAUAUAUGAUGUAUUUUUAAAAAAAAUUACUUGAUUAUUAUUUUAAUUUUCAAUAAAAAUACAUUAUAUACAUUAAAAAUAAAAAUAUAUUUAUUAUUUAUACAAAAAUAAUAUUACUGCAAUAAUUCAGAUUCAGUCAAUACAAUAUCCCAGUGGCGUGGCAAAGUACUUUAUUAGAGCUCAAUUUAAAGAGUGGUGGGUGUCCCCUCACAUAUAAUUUAGGUAGGUACAUACAAAGCAAAUCUUUCUGAGUAUAUCAGAAGUUUAUCAGAUAUAAAAAUAUAAUUACUAAUAUUGUGAUAUUAUAUUAGCUAGUACCUAUCUAAUACCAUUUUUAUACUCUAGUAUUUACGACCUAUUUGCUAACACAAUAAGGUGGCAUUAACAUGUGUUGUGUAGACCAGUGGUCUUCAACCGGUGGGUCGCGACCCAAUAUUGGGUCGUGAAAAGUAAAUUUUAUUUAUACUAAAAAAUAACGUACUAUAUACUUCUAGCUAUAUAUCUAUGUUAAAAAGAAAUAGACUUUAAACUGAAGAUGAUUUUCGGAUUGCAUUGUGUAAAAUUGAGCCGAGAUGGAAUUUUUUAUGUAAAAAUAGUCAUACUAAUUUUCGCCAUUACAUAUAAUGAAAAUAUAUUUUGUUAUUUAUUCAGUUAUAUAAUAACACUUCUACAGUGGCAUAUUAAGACAUUAAGCAAUUCAGCUUGUUUUUGUUUGCUUUUCAUGGCUAACAAAGAUAGCAUAGAUGAUGAGUCACAAAAAAUGUAUAGUAAAAAAAAGUGUGUUGCGAGGAAAAAAAGUUGAAGACCAUUGGUGUAGACCAUGUAACAUCUAAUCAAGUUACUACAAUAUGUAGUGAGCUAAUCAAAUUAAAACCUUAAAUAAAAAAAAAAACAAUUAAGUAUACACAUGGGUAAAUAUAUUAUAAACAAAUUAGAAAAUAUAUUUAUACAAUUAGGAUAUUUUAUUACAGAAACAGAUUUUUGUUUAAGAUUUUAAGAAUAUUUGAUGUUAUCAAGAUGAUAAGUGACGCUCAAUGAAAAAACUGUCCCUGUUGCCAAAGGCUUGUAACAGAUAAAAAUAAAAUCCAUGAAAAUCUUUUUUAUUAUAUAGAGAAAUAUGAACUAUAAUUAUAGUAUUAUUUAAACUUUUAUAAUAAUAUAUUUUUAAAAAUAACAUAUUAACAAAAUAAAGUCAAAAUUUCCAUUAAAUAUUUUACAUUGACCAAGUAAUAAAAUAAAUAGUAAAGCAUAAAAGGAAUAAAUAGUCUAUUUACUUAAAAAUUAUUAAAAAUAAUUUCUUAUUGACAAAAUUGAAUUUAAAAAAUAUGAAAUUAUAAAAUAAAUAAUUAAUUUUAUCCAGAAACAAUAAAAUAUAUAGUUUUUACAUUUAGACUAGAAUUAUAUAUAUAUCAAGUUGUAUACCUAACAUUUAUUAUAAUUUAAAUUAUACUAGUGUAAUAUUUGAAAAUAUAAUAUUUAAUAACAAAUAAAAUCAGUCUUUCACCAAAUAUAAUAAAAAAUAUUUCUGUAACUCACAAGAUUAUUAAAAGAAUGAUAGUUAUUAAAAUAAUUCCCACUAGAAUGCCAAUUGCCAUCCAUUGUCGUCUAUCUGAAACAUUUAUUGAACAUAAACAGCUUAUAAUUAAUAAAAUAUAAUAAUUCAAAUGAUUGAUUACAAAAUAAUUAAUAGUAGUAAAGUUCUAGCUAAUUUCUUAUAUAUAAAAAACAAAUGUACAAUACUUUGUCAAAAAAAGAUACUUGUAUGCAUUUUAAAUAUUAAAUAGUACAUUAUUAUGUUUUUUAUUAUAUAUAAUACACCACAUUGAAUAAUUUAAUGCUAUGAUAAUGAAUUUGAAAACUAAUUUUAAUUUGUGAUUAAAUCUACUUUAAAUCAACUUUCUGAUUUUAUCAAUUAAUUUUUAUUGUGGAUAAAAUGGGAUAAAUUUAAAUUGUAGAGAAGUCAAUCUCAAAUAGACCUUACGACAAACAAAAAUAUGUUUUUUAGAUAGGUAUGUAUAAAGGUUGAAAGUAAGACAUGACUGUUAGGUUGUGUGAUGUAAUAGACAGACAGAAAGUUAUCAAUUUGUCUACAUCUAAUUUAAUAAUAUGACAACAACAAAUUUGUUUAAUUACCAUCAGAUAAUUGAAGUACUUGUGCCACUUUUUUUGAUACAAUAUCUAAUCUUGAUUCAGUUUUGUCUAAUUCAGAACUUAGGUUCUCAAGCAUUCUA